AUGGCCCUGCCUCCGGGGUGGAAAAGGGAAGAAGUUGUAAGACAGUCGGGUUUAUCUGCCGGAAAAACAGAUGUUUAUUAUUUCACGCCAGAUGGUAAAAAGAUUCGGAGUAAACCACAGUUAGCCAGAAUUCUUGGUGAAGCCCUUGAUUUAAGUGCAUUUGAUUUCCGUACUGGACGUGCAGUGUACAGUGCUUGUAGAAAAGGUUCCUCCUAUGAUUUUGUUAGAGGUGUUCGCCAUGAUGCCAGUCUUGUACUACCUAUUAGACAAACAGCUUCCAUUUUCAAACAACCUGUCACAGUUAUAAGGAACAGACAAGAGAGUAAAUCUAAAGGUGAACUCAAGCAUGGAAUUUGGGACCAGCCCAAGCAGAUAUUUUGGGAAAAACGUCUCCACGGUCUUCAUGCUUGUGACAGUAGUGAAGAAGUUAUACCAUCUAUGGAACUACCCAAACAAAUGCAGAGUGUUGGUCCAGAGCUGUCCACAGAGAAUGUUUUACAGAGUAUUUCUGCAGCGUUACAUAUAAACACAGGACCUGUUGUUCAAAACUCUGCUGUUGUUGGGCAGGGUGCCAGCAAACAAGCCAUCAUGAAGAAUCCAAGCAUCAACAUGGACACUCAGCAACCCCACAUUCAGCAGGUUUUGGUAUCAUCUGAUGACAUCCAUAGACAAGAACAACGUGUUCAGCUAGCUCGACGUAGACUUCAAGAUAUGAUUCAGUCCUUAGAGUAAUGGUCUUUAAAGAUUUUCUUGUAUGUCUUGGUAAAUUUACAAAAACAUUGUUUGACAUAGCCAGUUCAAGUGAAACUGGUCAAUUGUAUUUAUUUAAUCCUAUGUUAAAAGGCUUAUUCAUUAUGUUUACUAAAUGAAG